AGCAGUGGAGAGAGUGACGAGGUUCAGAUUGUGCUGCGACAAAACAGAAGACCAUAAACGAUAACAAUGGAACCUUUCUCAUUCUCAACCUCACACUUGUCCAUACCCACCAACACCACCCUCUUCUCCCCCAAACACCACCUUUCUUCCGCCGCCACCACCGUAUACUUCUCUCUUAAACCGCCCCCAGAAUCCAACAACUCCGCCACCCCUCGCCGCCCCUCAAAACCCCACAAAACCACCGCAACCCCUCUCUCCUCAAACCCUAAUAAGCCCUCUCCAAACUCAAACCCCCUCACCAACAAACUAUGGCUCACAAGCAAACUCUCUCCUCCUCCUCCUCCUCCUCCACCACCACCACCACCUGAAGUAGAACGAGAAUUCGAAUUGGAACCCGAACCCGAAUCCGCCAAGGAAGAGGUGAACUCCGAUAACCGAAAAGAUUUCCGGCAACCGGGGAAAAUCUUCGUCGGGAACCUGCCAGGGUGGAUUAAGAAGAACGAGUUGAGCGAGUUCUUUCGGCAAUUUGGGCCAAUUAAGAGUGUGAUUCUGAUAAAGGGCCACCACGACACGGAGAGGAACGCGGGGUUUGGAUUCAUCAUAUACGAAGGCGACGAGGAAACGGCGGAGAAGGCGGCGACAAGGGCGGUGGAGUUCGACGGCGUGGAGUUCCACGGGAGAGUGUUGACGGUGAAGCUGGACGACGGGAAGAGGUUGAGGGAGAAGUCGGAGGAGAGGGCGAGGUGGUUGGAAGGGAGUGGAGAUAAGGUAGAGUACCAUUCCACGUGGCACGAGGAGAGGGAUGGUGCCAGGAAGGUGUUCCAGAAGGUUCUGGAAACUGAGCCAGAGAAUUGGCAGGCCGUUGUUAGCUCUUUCGAGAGAAUUAAGAAGCCUGCUAGAAAAGAAUAUGGCUUGAUGGUUAAAUAUUAUGCGAGGCGAGGGGACAUGCAUCAUGCACGUCAAACAUUUGAGAGUAUGCGGGCAAGAGGAAUAGAGCCAUCUUCACAUGUGUACAGUAGUCUUAUUCAUGCUUAUGCAGUUGGUCGAGACAUGGAAGAAGCUUUACAUUGUGUUAGAAAGAUGAAGGAAGAGGGCAUUGAAAUGACUAUAGUGACAUACAGUAUAAUUGUAGGUGGAUUUGCUAGAAUGGGCAACGCUGAUGCUGCAGAUCACUGGUUUAAGGAGGCAAAAGAGAGGCUUCCAUCUUUAAAUGCAGUCAUUUAUGGGAGCAUAAUUUAUGCGCACUGUCAAACUUGCAAUAUGGAUCGAGCUGAAGCCUUGGUGAGGGAGAUGGAAGAACAAGGGAUAGAUGCUCCCAUCGACAUGUAUCAUACCAUGAUGGAUGGUUAUACAAUGAUUGGUAAUGAAGAUAAAUGCUUGAUUGUGUUUGAAAGACUUAAGGACCUGAAGUCUCACUGGGAACCUCCCAGCCAUGCACUUCCACUCUCCAGUAACUGGUUUCCAUGUCAGCGUGUUAUGGCUCAUCUUCAGUUGCCUUUGCUAGCAACCGUCAUUGAUAAGCUCAACUCCCCAUUUUCUGAAUGUGGUUUUUCUCCCUCAGUUAUCACAUAUGGUUGUCUUAUUAAUCUUUACACAAAGAUAGGAAAAGUUUCGAAAGCAUUGGAGAUUAGCAAAAUGAUGAAAAUGGCUGGCAUUAAACAUAACAUGAAGACGUAUUCUAUGCUGAUAAAUGGAUUCCUGAAGUUAAAAGAUUGGGCCAAUGCAUUCUCCAUUUUUGAAGACAUUACUAAAGAUGGUCUGAAGCCUGAUGUAGUACUCUACAAUAACAUUGUAACAGCUUUUUGCGGGAUGGGUAAUAUGGAUCGUGCCAUUUGUAUUGUGAAGCAAAUGCAGAAGGAGAGGCAUAGACCUACUACACGCACAUUUUUGCCCAUUAUACACGGUUUUGCAAGAUCUGGAGAGAUGAGGAGAGCCCUGGAGAUUUUUGAUAUGAUGAGGAGGAGUGGGUGCAUUCCCACUGUACACACGUACAAUGCUCUUAUUCUUGGCCUUGUUGAGAAGUGUCAGAUGGAAAAGGCUGUAGCAAUAUUGGAUGAAAUGAAUCUGGCAGGCGUUAGCCCAAAUCAACAUACAUAUACAACUCUUAUGCAAGGUUAUGCUUCACUGGGUGAUACAGAGAAGGCCUUUCAGUACUUCACAGUAUUGAAGAAUGAAGGCCUGGAGAUUGAUGUCUAUACCUAUGAAGCACUGUUGAAGGCAUGUUGCAAGUCAGGCAGAAUGCAGAGUGCCCUAGCAGUCACAAAAGAAAUGAGUGCAAAAAAGAUUCCAAGAAACACUUUUGUCUAUAACAUACUAAUUGAUGGUUGGGCUCGGAGAGGUGAUGUUUGGGAGGCUGCAGACCUGAUGCAACAAAUGAGAGAGGAAGGAGUUCAACCAGACAUUCAUACGUACACUUCUUAUAUAAAUGCUUGUUGUAAAGCUGGGGAUAUGCAGAAAGCAACAAAGAUUAUUCAAGAAAUGGAAGCAUCAGGUAUAAAACCAAACCUCAAAACCUACACCACACUAAUAAAUGGUUGGGCACGAGCUUCUAUGCCUGAGAAGGCUUUGAGGUGCUUUGAAGAGAUGAAAGUAGCUGGAUUGAAACCAGACAAAGCAGUGUACCAUUGUCUUAUGACAUCUUUGCUAUCAAGAGCCACCUUUGCUCAAUCAUACGUUUAUAGUGGCCUCUUGUCUAUAUGUAGAGAGAUGAUACAGUCUGAGUUGACUGUUGACAUGGGAACUGCGGUUCAUUGGUCAAGAUGUUUACGCAAGAUUGAGAGGACAGGAGGGGAACUAACUGAAGCCCUACAAAAGACCUUUCCUCCUGAUUGGACCUCGCAUCAUGUUCUUGAUGUCAACAGUGAAACAGACGCUGCUGAUCAUGAAAUUGAUUAUAGUGAUGAGGAUGAUUUACAUUAUAAUUCCGAUGGAAUCAAUAAUGGUGAGGACACUGAUGAUGAGGAUUAUGAUAAUGUUAUGUCACACAGUUGAUGUUUUUGAAUUGUUAUUGUAAAGGGAAGAGGCAGAAUGUCACGAUGGCAUGCCAAUUUUUUCGGCAUUAAUUUUUCUUUGUAAAAAGGGGGAAGUAGUAAUAUCAUUUGACCUUCAUUAGUUUGGAAAAAUGUUGCAAAUUCAUGGAAUCGAUUGACCCCAAAAAAAAAAA